CCUGCACCCUGGGUUCAGGAGAUGGGCGGUGUUAAGUGCUGGAGACCCCGGUUCGUGCGUUUGUCAUGUCGCAACGACGUUGAAAUGGCCUCUUUUUGUCUGUAUGGAUGAUCGCUGUUAACUAAGUGUGGGACUCGCUUGCCUUCUGUGCUCCACUCUACCGUCCUCGUCUCUGCCUCGAGCCUGCAGCGAGUAGAUGCCUUGGCGGAGAUGAGCGUGAAGGCCUUUGAGCUCGUCCCCGCUGUGGAGCGAGACCUCCUCAUGGGUGACAAGGCUCGUAUAAACAUUGAAUGUAUAGAAUGCUGUGGAAAGCACCUAUACGUGGGAACCAAUGACUGCUUCAUCCACCAUUUCUUGCUCGAUGAGAUCAAUUCAUCAAAAGGGAAAUUAAGCUACAGUGCCCAGAAGCUGCUUCAUAAAUACCUGGGUCUCAAGAAACCAGUCGCUGAGCUACGAGCGGCUUCUGCUUUGGAACGUCUAAUAGUUCUUUGCGAUGGAAUUGUCUUUCUGAUCGAUAUGGUGACCCUAGAAACUGUGCCCUCUGCAGCAGGAGGCGGGGCCAAAAUUAGGGGAGUGACAGCAUUUUGCGUUAAUGAGAAUCCGGUGAAUGGGGAUCCCUUUUGUGUGGAAAUGUGUGUGCUUUCCUCCAAGCGUCGGACAGUGCAAAUUUACAUGGUGUACGAGGACAGAGUGCAACUGGUCAAAGAGGUGACCACGCCUGAGCAACCUUGUGCUGUCAGUCUGGACGGAUACUUCUUAUGUCUGGCACUUACGACUCAGUACAUGAUCCUGAACUACAACACAGGAGCAUCCCAAGAUCUCUUCCCUUACAACAGUGAGGAGAGGAGACCCAUUGUGAAGAGGAUUGGCAGGGAGGAGUUCCUCUUGGCUGCACCUGGUGGUCUUGGAAUGUUUGCCAAUGCCGAAGGAGCGUCUCAGCGCGCCCCGGUUAACUGGUCAGAGCAAGUCAUUGGCGCUGCUGUGUGCUUCCCUUAUGUCGUGGCGUUGGAUGAGAAUUUCAUCACCAUUCACAGCAUGCUGGACCAGCAGCUAAAACAGACCCUUUCAUUCAGGGAUGGACACAUUCUGCAGGACUUUGAAGGAAAGGUCGUUCUGGCCUCCACUAAAGCUGUGUAUGUUCUUGUACCACUACCGCUGGAGCGACAGAUCCAGGACUUACUAACCAGCCACAGAGUUGAGGAGGCGCUCGCUCUUACUGAAGGAGCACAACAGAAUAUUCCCAAAGACAGGUUCCAGAUUUUGCACAAAAGAAUUCUUCAGCAAGCAGGUUUUAUACAGUUUGGAAAACUCCAGUUUUUAGAAGCUAAAGAGCACUUCAGGAAGGGUCAACUGGAUGUGCGAGAGCUCAUUUCUCUUUACCCACUGCUGCUUCCAUCCUCCUCGUCAUUCACACGUUGCCAUCCUCCUCUUCAUGAGUUUGCAGAUCUGAACCAUCUUGCGCAGGGAGACCAGGAAAAGGUGCUGCGAUGCAAGGCCUUUCUUAUAAGUUACUUAGGAGAGAUUCGAAGUGCAGUUGUGAAUGGUUGCAGAGAGGACGUCGACACGGCGCUGUUAAAGCUAUACGCAGAGCAGAAUCAUUGCAGCCUUCUGGAGCUUCUGUCUUCAGACAACUCCUGUCUGAUGGUCGAUUGUGUCCCAUGGCUGGAGAAGUAUCACAAGUAUUUUGCUCUUGGGUUACUCUACCAUUAUAACGGUCACGACUCGACUGCUCUUCAGAUGUGGAUUCGUGUUGCAGAUGGGGAUCUGCAGGAUCCUACCAGAUCAGAUCUAUAUGAGUACAUAGUGGACUUCCUCUGCUCCUGCACAAAUCUGGAUCUAGUGUGGCAGUAUGCUGACUGGGCUUUACAGAAAGAUCCCACUAGAGCAGUUCACAUCUUUACCAAGAGGCCAGAUAAAAACAGACAAACUGUCAACCCCGAUGAUGUCAUUAGUUACCUGGAGAGACACAAUGAAGCGCUUCUUCUCUAUUUGGAACACCUGGUGCUGAAUAGACGGGUACAGGAGGAGAGGUUCCACACACAGCUUGCCACAUUGUAUCUGGAGAGAGUCAUGUCUUUGCUAACAGUGUCUUCAUCCAGCGAUGAGCUCCGUAGAGCCAGAGAGAAGCUGCAGGCCCUGUUGAGAGAAUCAGACCUUUACAGUGUACACUUCCUUUUAGGUGAAAUGGAGAACUGUCAGGAGCUGUUGUUGGAGCGUGCAACACUACAUGGCAAACUGGAGGAAAAUGAAAAAGCGCUCCACAUAUUGGUGCACAAACUUAAAGACUUCAAGUCAGCUGAGGCCUUUUGCCUGUGGGCCUCUGCUUGCCGGGAUUCUGGUUACCGCCAGCAGCUUUUCCACCUUCUCUUGAAGGUUUAUCUAGACUCCAGUGGAGUAGCAGCAGGAAAUGGGGAGUUUGAAGUGGCAGCUGUGGAUCUUCUCAAUCAACACGGAGAGGUGUUUGAUGCGGUGCAAGUGCUGAGGAUGUUACCGGACGGCUGGUCCCUGCAGUUGCUGCGUCCUUUCCUGGGCAGAGCCAUCAGAGCCAGCAUGCAUGCCUACCACACGUCUGAGAUUGCUGUCGGACUCGCCCACUCGGAAAAUGCUCAGUUGCUGCAUGACCGGUUAAAAGUACGUAGGAAACCGAUCUUUGUGUCUGAGAAGAAAGGAUGUCACCUUUGUCACAACACCUUCAGCGAACCAGACGUGGUGAUUCUGCCUGGUGGGGUUCCAGUUCACGCACAUUGUGUCGCCCAGAAAAUUAGAGACUCCCCCACAAAGAGACAGUUAGCUAAUAACAGUAAUCACACAUGAGACAGGACAUCGUCCGCAGGGUGUUUGAGAACAAGAUGUACUGUGCAGAGAAGACACGGACGCAACCGCUCUGCAGGGGAUAUCAGGACCAACACUACUGGAGGGUGAGAAGGGUAUUUAUUAACCUGCUGCAACAAUGAACUGAAGCUGCCUUUUUAAUCGAGCAAACGCAUCCCCGGUUCUUAUCUCUGUGACAGUACUGCAUCUGUCCUUGUCUUUACUUGCAGUUUUUUAACACUAAAGGAAGGUGGUGGAAAAGAGCGGUGGGUUAAAUUCACAGUGUCUGAUGCAUGAAAAAUAUUUCUGGUCUUACAAGUUAUUGAUCAACUGGUGAUCAACCAAACUCGUGGCAAUGAUGAUUGAUCAUGUGUGACAUGGAGUUACUGACAUUUUAUCCACGUUAAUGUUUGAUGUUGCAUUGACAAUGUGAUCAAGUUUGCUUUGUCUGAGGGCAACAACAGAAUAAAAGGGUCAAAGAAACACCGCAGUUUCUUCUGUCAGAGUCGGCCAAUGUUUAAAUCAAAUUUUAAUCAGCGUUUUUAUCACCCAAUUCGUCAUCUUGAGUUGAUAUGGUGCGGAAUUUGACCUCAAGAUGGCAGUAUCGUCCUAGUUGAUGCUGAACGAGAGACUACUUGUUAAGCCUUUUUAAAAUUUAAAUUGUGUUCAAUUGAACCAUUCGUGUUUCUGGUCUAAUAUUUGAGUCAUGUUAAACUGCACAACUGCGUUUGUUUUGCAUAUUUUACCGCUCAGCCUCAAAACUAAUUUAAAGCAGGUGCUACAAUGUACUUUUUUGUCCUUUACUGAAUAACAAUGUUAAUUGUGGAUGUUAAAAACCCAAUUUCUGUAUUUCUAAUUCAAACGGAUUUUUUCUUUUAAACCUCAGUUUAACAGUCAAAGGGAGAUCUUGCAACAAGUGUUCUUCUACCUGUGUGACCAAUUGGCUGUCUGCUCUUUUGUGUUUUUAAUUUGUAUUUAUGAGCUACUUUGUGACUUCAACAGCUGACCAUGAACCUUUUGUGAAACUGGGCGGUUUCCUGAAAAAGGCAGUGGACUUCAAUCAUAACAGAAUAAUUUAUAUAUAUAUAUAUAUAUAUAUAUAUAUAUAUAUAUAUAUAUAUAUAUAUAUAAUCUCAACAUGAAAUAAACACCUCAGCCAUUUUAUAUCCUGCUUAAUAAAUCAAUGUGAAUGAGGGGAAACACUGUUCAUCUGUCCUA